AUGGAGGACAUUGCCUACACCGACGGAUACGCUGCGCAGUACGGAGAUAAUUAUGCAUAUGAUGGGUAUGGCUAUGGUGGUGACCUGGCUGUGGGAGAUUACAAUCCGUACGGAACGGACUAUGGUUAUGAUGCAGGAGGCUACGACUAUGGUGCCGGGUACGGUGGGUAUGGGAAUCAAGAGACUGGAUAUGGCGAUCAGACAUAUGGAUAUGGUGAGCCUGCUGAGCAACCGCAAGACAGUUUAUCGCUUAAGCUGGACGAGCCGAAGCCGUUUACUGAGCAAGACGAUGGGAGGUCCCUCGUCGUCCGUACUGAUGCGGCGUCUGUGUCCAUGGAUCCUUUUAGUGCGCCCAUAGAUACAGUGACAGAGCCCAUAGGUUCACAGACGCACACGAGCUCCGCUUUUCCACCUGUCUCUCAGGACUUGCUGAACUCUAUCAGGGUCCAGCAAGAGACUAGUGGAAACCUGAGUAAGUCUCCAAGCAAAAUCUCAAGCAGGCCUGCCUCUGCUAGACUUGACGAGCUUGAUAAGGUAAUCGAAGAAGAUGCAGAACAGCUUAAUAGGGAGGCCAAAACAGAUACUCACGUUACUGGUGCUGCCCCCGAUACUAGCGAUAUGUUUGGCUUUACUGACCAACCGGCGGCACCAACAGCUACCGAAGAGCCUGUCGCAACUGCUGGUGACGACAUGUUUGGAUUUGGGCUAGAAAGUGACGCGCACGAUGCAACGGUUCAGCCCCCAGUUGAAGAUGCAGGGCCUGCUCUACCUGAUAAAGAAGCUCCCUCCACUGAGGCCGAAGACGAUAUGUUUGGCUUCGCCACAUCUCCUCAGGAGACCAUAGCCAGCCCUCCAGCAGGCUCCACCGCCCCUGCUGCUGAGCCUGUUGACGACAUGUUUGGCUUCACCGAUCCUGCCGUCGAAUCAGCGGCUACUGCAGAGCCAGGAACAAUGGAGGGCGAUGAUAUGUUUGGAUUUGGCCCCUCAGAAAGCACACCUAAAGAUCCUGACACUGAUGCAUCUGCAGUAGCUAAGGAUGUAACGGUGGACGCUCAAGAUGCUGCCGAUGAUAUGUUCGGUUUUGAUGGAGCGGGCUCCCCUGCAGAGGCUCCUGCACAAUCAACCGAAGCAGUAGCAAGCCCAGUUGCUGACUUGGAGACGGACAGCAUGUUUGGCUUUGAUUCUCCGCCAGCCCCAGCAGAUAAUACUACUACUGUGCCUGUGGAUGAUUCGGCGGAUGACCUGUUCGGAUUUGGGCCUUCCACUUUAGAUGCACAAGGUGAGCCCGCCCAAGAUGCUCAGCCAGAUAUUCAAGAUGUGGCACAAGUCUCCGCUGACAGCAUGUUUGGCUUUGACUUGCCAGCUGAUGCCUCGGCAACUGUGGAGCCAUCAACUACCGGCCUUGCUACUGAGAAGCCAGAGGAUUCUCCUGUCGAUGACAUGUUCGGCUUUUCUCCAAACGAAGCAGCAGCUACAGCCAAGUCAGAUGAGGAUCAAGAGAUAACGCCGGUGAACACCAAGACUUUAGACGAACCAUUGUCAGUAGCAAAUGAUUACACCCAACCAACAGCUGGGCCCUCAGAUGACAUGUUCGGCUUUGGAAACAGCGCAGAUCUUCCUCAAACAGAUUCUGUACCCCACUCUGGAGCCACGGCUGAUAGCAUGUUUGGAUUUGACUCUGUACCAGCAACAGGGGCCUCGGUAGAACCACCAACAGAGACGCCAGAGCUUCACGACGCAUCUCAGACACAACCUACUUUGGACAUGCCAACAAUUCCAGAGCACAUCCCAACUAUAGAGGAUAACCAAACGGACCUGUCACAUGAGAGUCAAAAUGAGAGUCAAGUUGCAAGUGAAGAGUCUGAUCAGCUAAGAGAGACCAAUGAGACGCUGGAAGGAGAGGAAAUGAAUAAGGAACUGGCACAAGAGCCCGCUGUAGAGGAUAUGUUUGGCUUUGGGGAUGCAUCAGCGCCAGUGGAGGAUUCCUCAACAGAAAAGGCCACUGAAAGCCACCCAACUGAGCCACCUAAUUUAGCAGAUCUUCCACCUCCUGUGUCUGCAUCAUCACUGCUUCCCGUGCAGACACUUGAGUCUGCGAAGCAAUCCGCAAGAGCUGCAACUACCCCAGUGGCCGAUAUGGCCAUUGAUAUAGAUUCUAUGAUCUCGGCUGCACUAGUUCCACAGCAACCCUCCCCCGCUCCUGAACAGAAGGUCGAGGACCAAGUUCUUGACGAAUCCUCGCCUAACGUGAUAACUGCAGAGCUUCCUCCCAUUGUUGUGAAGGGAUCUUUAGAAGAGGCCAACGACAAGUCUGCCGCAGAGUCGCAACAUGAACCAGUAGAGCUCUCGGAGGACCGUGACCUCAGUAAAGAUAUCGAGCUGGUUGCUCAAGAUCCUCUACCGGCCGAGGAGGAUACGCAGGAUAUUUUUGUUGAGCCAGCUGUGCCAGUUGAAGCUCUAGAAAGGUUGGCGAUCAGCGAAACGUUCAUCAAGCUCCAGGAGGAGCUUCAAUUUACAUACCUGAUGCCAGAGCCUAACCGCGAAGAACUAGACAAGCUCCAGAUGACUGAUCAUGAGCAGCAGCUUAUUCAACUUAAGGACGAAGCGGAGCGGCUACAGAGAGAGAAUAAGGUGCUCGCAGGCAGAAGUGCGGCUCCCAGGCAUCUCCACCCUAACGAGUUUGAUAGCAAAUCUAUCUCAGUUAGCUUCUUCGAGGGUCUUCUGAAUGAGCCCACCCACAGUGAUGGCAUAUCCCUAACGACUGGGGAAGAGCUUCGGCUCUUGGCGAUUCUGGAGCAGGGAGACUACGAAGCACUUGAUGCUCUUCACGGCAUGUCUCCAGAGGAGCUUCAGUUAAUGGAGCAACGAGAACGCGAGUUCAAUUUGAAGCUCAAGGAACUCACCGACCGCCGAGACGAGCUGUUGUACAAGGAUGAUACGGAGGCUUUAAAACUCAUUGAGGAAGAGAUCUGGGCCUUUGUAGACGCUGAGGAAGAAAAGAAAAUGCGCAUCCAAGCGGCAGACGACCUUUUGAAAAAGCGUGCUCAGGAGGAAGAGGACCGACGUCGUGCUGAGAUAGAAGCAAAGAUCAAGGAGGAGCAGGAUCGUGUUGCAGAGGAGCGCCGACUCCAGGAAGAGAUGAUAGCGCUCCAAAAGAAGCAGCAGCAAGAGUAUGCAGAGCAGGAGACUAGGAAAGCAGAUCUUCUCCGUGAGGCCAUGGAAAAGGAGCAACUAGAGCGAAUUGAGGAGGAGCAGCGCAUAAAAGCAGAGGCACGACGACGCCUAAUCGACGAUCUGGAGGCCACAGCUGAACGCGCAGCCGCCGAGGACCGGAUACGGGUUAAGGCUGAGUUGGAAGAAAUGGCCAGGAUCAAAAAGGAACUGGAGGAGGCUGCCCGGACGGCCAGCGAAGAGAAGCGAAAGCUUCUUCUACAACAGAAGGAGCAAUUGGAAAGAGAAAUGGCCGAGACAGCAAGACGACACGAGGAAGACGUGGCGCGUAGGCACAAGGAGCUGCAAACUCUUCAUGAGGAGCGGCGGAAGAUGCGCGAACAACGCUUAGCCAGCUCAGAACCGAUGGAUGAGCUUCUUCGCGAAGAUGGCAACGAUGCCUCUGCCGAUCCGUUCUCAUAUGCGUCUCUGGACAUUGAGCGCAGAAUCAGGGAAAUGAAAGCCCAGUUAGAGAAGGAGAUGACCGAAAAGAUGGCCCUAGAGCACGCUGACCUCAAUGCUCUAGAGCAGGAGUUGGCUGCUAAGAAGCUGUCGACCUUACAAGCAGAACGACUCUUAAGCACGGCUGCAAGCGAUACAGUGGCACGGCUCGAUAACGAGGAUCGUCUCUUUAACGAAGCAAUGGAUGCCAAGCGCCAGGAGCUGCUUCUUUUGAAAGAACAGUAUGGACUCGUGCGUCACCAGAACGAAAGUCAGCGCGCCUUGCACCUAGAGGAGCAGAGAAAGGCUAAGAAGUUAGCGAGGUUAGUCGAACAAGUUGCCGAGCUAGCCGAGAAGAAGCACAAUUUAGAAAGAAAGAUUGCCCAUGGAAACAAAGAGUUUCACAAGAAAGAGAGCAAGCUGGUGGCUUCUAACAGCAAAGGCGCACUCAAAGCGUUGAGAAAGGAGCACGCUAAGGAGCACGAGGCGUUGGAGACGCAGCUCUCUAGCGUCUCAGAGCAGUUACGCAGAGCAAAGAAGCAGCUCAAGGUACUUAACCCCCAGGGAGAGACUUCUGAUAUGGACCGAUCUCUUAGUGUCAAAGACUAUUUGCGCUCCACAGAUCGGAGUGAGAAAGAGCAAGAAGUGUCCGCUGCAGAUAAGGACCAUUCCCAGCCGCGUCUGUCCGUCUUCGAGGGAGGCUCUCUUGGCCAACCUUCGUUGGUAAGCGGCCAUGGAAUUGGAACAGCGAUGUCAACAGGUGUGGACCACGGAGAUGGAGGGAGAAAGCAACAUGCAUCCAGUGACUUGCCUGUAGCGCUGCAGAAGCUGAGAGAGGAGCACGCUCGCAGGCUUGAGAAGAUUGAGCAGCGACGAGCAGCCUUUGCUUCGGAAAGGGAGCAGCUUCAAGCCCAGGCACACGCGCUCGAGGCUCAGCUUUCCAAGCCCGUCAACGUUCCUGAUUCUAAGCUACGCACCAGAGAGCAGCGCAAGCAGAUCAUUUUCGCAGAGAUGAAUAGAAUGGAAAAGCUGUCGAAGGCACACAUGGUUGAAGUUAAGCCUCAGAUCCCAGAGAAAACAAUCGAUGACAUUCUUAACGAACGCCGCAAACGACACGGGGAGGAGCGUGAGCAACUAAAGAACAUGGCAGUGCGCUUUACAUCUGCGUACGAUCGGCAUUCCCGGGUCUCUGUUAACAUGGACAGCAGCGACGACGAAUGGAAUGACCUAGCUGCACGGACCUCCUCACGUUAUGCAGAUAUUUCUGCUAAGCCACGCUCGAUGCAGGCGCAGGUCCGCCAAUUUGCAUCUGAUCGGAUAGAUCCUGCCUUCAAUAGCUACAUCGAGGCCCCUGUGCGACCUGGCUAUGAGUCCUCUCUCCUCUCGUAUGUGAAGGUGAGCUCUGACCCUACUACGUGCCACCCGACCAAGUUUGUGGCUCGGCUCACUGCACACACCUGGUGCAUUGAGCAGAAGAGCAAGCCGUAUGUGGUCUAUACGUUUACAAUCAGCACAGAGAAGGGUGUCUUUGAAGUAGCGAAGCGCUUCUCUGAGCUGCGUGAGCUGGACAAGGCGCUCCGUCGCGUUUUCCCAACAGUUACUUUGCCCAAGUAUCCGUCGUCUAUGGGAGGGAAGUUUACUGAUGAACAACUGGAGGAGCGGAAGCGGCUCCUUGGGCGCUAUAUGAGCCAGCUGAAUCAGAUCGCGGUCAUUAGAACAAGCCAGGUGUACAAGGAGUUUAUACAGAUGAAGGUGAGACACGAUAUCCUUGUAUAUCACCGGUGA